AUGUCUUCUUCAGAUUCAAUUAACUCUUCCAUAAUGAAGGAUGAGACUGUAUACAAUAUCAGCAAGGUUCAGACUACAGGUCCAGGUGAAGAAUAUGUUAUCCUUGGUCCCAACAAAUAUUACCGACAUGAAUUAUAUGGGGCCAUUGGACCAAUCUUAAACUUGGGCCAUCCCUCUCCUCAGUCCAGAAGAAUGGGUAAUCCCACGCCUAUAGGAUUGGCAGGUUUUGCAAUGACAUGUUUGGUGAUGAGUUUAUAUGGACUUCAUGUUGGUGGUAUCACUAUUGGAAAUAUGAUUGUGGGACAAGUUAUCUUCUUUGGUGGAAUUGGUCAAUUUGUUUGUGGGGUUGGUGAAAUAUUGAUUGGGAAUACAUUUGGAGCAGUUGCUAUGCUUUCAUUUUCUUCCUUUUGGUUUAGUUAUGCUGCUAUACAAAUUCCUUCUUUUGGUAUCGCACAGGCAUAUAUGGAUGAAGACCCAGAACAACUUGGUAAUGCAAUCGGGUUGAUGUUAUUAGGUUACGCGGUUUUGGCUGCUGGGUUAACCACGUUGUUAUUCAAAGCUGUCUGGUCUGUUUUGCUUUUGUUCAUUUCGAUUACUAUGACUUUCGCUAUACAAAGUGCCGGUGAAAUGUCUCAAAACCCAACUGUUUUACUUGUUGGUAAUAUUUCUGGUGUUAUCACGGGAGUGUUGGGUAUUUACAAUUGCAUAGCUGAAACUGCGACUAAGCAGAACUCAUACUUCACCCUUAGUGUUUUCCCAAUUGGAAAUAAAGCUCAUGGACAUUAA